AUGUCUAGAUCUACAAAAUAUAUUAUCGGUGGUUUGGCCCUUGUUGGUGGUUCUCUUUACGUUUAUGACCAGCAAGUCAAGCAAGUUGCAAACAAAAGGAAAGUUCAACAUGAUGGAAUUUUGUCCUCGUUCUCAAAACCUUCAGAGAAGCAAACUGACUUGAGAGAAGUGGGCUCUGAAAAGGGCUACAAGAUUGGAGAACAAUUGGAAAACUUAAGAAGUAAGGCUGACAAGAAGUUGGAUCAAUGGGAAAUUCCAGAUAAGGUGAAUGAAGGGAUCUCUGAUUUGGAGAAGAAGAGAGCUGAAUUGGCUGCUGCAGUCUCUGACAAGGCCCAAGACGUUGCAAAUUACGCUUCUGACCAUGCUGACAAGCAUGGAAAGCAAAGCAAGUACCUUAGCGAAGAGGCUCACAAGAAUGAUCCUGGUUUUUUCUCCAAAUUGGUCAACAAAUCAAAUGAAAAGGUUGACAAGGUUUCUAACGACAUUGACCAAUCUUUAGAUGAUGGCAAGAACUUCGUGUUGAAGCUGGCUGACAAGUACAUUGAUGGCGUUAACCAAAUCGGUAUAAAAACUGAAAAUGCCGUAUUCGGAACCAAGAAGUCUAUUGAAGACUCUGUCAUCGACACCAAGAACAAGGUGAAGAACGAUUUGGAAGCUGAAAAGAACUCCUGGUUCAAUUGGUUCCUGUCCGGAAAGUCCAACACUGAAAAAGCUAAGGAUGACGCUAUUAAGCAAUAUAACCAAGCCAAGAAGGAUUUUGAAUCUGCUAAGGAAAGCGCCGUUUCAGGAGGUAAGUCCUGGUUAAACUGGGGUGAAAAGCAAACUAAGGAGGCCCCCGAAGAAGCUCAAAAGAAAUUGAAGGAAGCAGAAAGCAAAUUCAACAGUGCAUUGAGUAAUUUGAAAGGAUACGGACAAGAUGUAAUUGAUUCCGUCAAUAAGAAGGAUUAUCAAGGAAGAAUAUCUGAAGAAGAAUUAGCUCAAAGAUCAUACUCUUCCCUUAGAGGAUGGGGUGAUUCUGCAGCUAUUUUCGCUGAAGAUGAAUUGGAAACCAUUGAUUCAUACAGAAAGAAGCAUCCAAACACUUAUAACUGGGCUGAUGACUUAUGGUGUAGAACUGAAAACUUAUCCAAGUAUGCUUAUGAUAGAGCAAAGGAAAACUACGACAAGCUUUCCAAUGAAGCUGAAAAGACGAAAAACAAGGGCCAAGGAUGGUUCUCUUCUCAAAGUAAGGAUGCCGAAAAGAAGGCCGACCAAGUGGGUGAUGACUUGAACAAGAAAUUGGAUGAAGCAAAGGCACAAUUAGAUAAGGCCCAAGGCAACUUCAACUCAUGGUUAAGUAAGAGUGGAAAGACCUUAGCUGACUACACAGAGACUGCCAUUGACAAGACCAAGCUGGGAUUGAGCAUUGGACAUGAAGAAACCCAAAAGGGUUUAAGUGAAAGUAAAGACUGGAUCAAUAGCAAGAAAUAA